UUUGACAAUGGAGCAAGGGAGAAUGCUAUUCGAUGCAUCAGCUUUCAUGCUGUUCGAGGCCACCGGCGAUUCCGAAGACCGCGACUCCGGCGCCGCCGCGGAGGCGGAGGAGGAGGAUGAUGCGCAGUCGUGCAGCUCCGCGCGCCUGUAUGAGGCGGUCUACGGCGGCGAGGAUGCUCGCGCCGCGCAAUUGGACGAUUACUCCGACGACGACGAAGAAGAGGACGGCGUCGUCGAUCAAUGCCGGAGCGCGGCGGCGGAGGCGGCGAAGGGAUGUGAAGAAUCGAUGAGGAAUGAGAGAGAGGGGGAUAGGCUCUUCUGGGAGGCGUGUUUGGCGUCUUAGAAAAAGAAAAUUGGGGAAAGGAAAAUAAAAAUUGUUUGUUUUCCCCUUAAUUCUUCCAAAUUAGUAUUUUUUAAAUUAGUGAAGGAUGCAGGAGAAAUUUCUUUGCAAAAAUUGGCAAAGAAUCAUUCAUCUCCAAAAUUUGAUGAACAUAUUUUUCUUUAUCAGAUGUACUGUAUAAUAUUCACACAACAACUGUAAAUAAAGCUUAUUCUUCAUCCUUGCCA